AUGGCAACAACGCCACCAGACCGUGGAUUCGAGUUCCGCCGGGAUCUAGAGCAACUGGUGCACGAUGGCGUCCUCCAAUCCCGUCGACGAACUCAGCGCGCGCUCUUCCGCCCAGGCGUACUAGCCACGUCGUCGGAUCCCGCGGACGUGCAGCUGCAGGAGCGUACGAAGAAGAAACUGGCACGAGCGCUACGCUCGUUGCGUGAUGACUACGGCGCAUCGCUGGCCCAAAGCAAAGAGGCGCUGGCCUACACGAACUCGCUGGAGGACGCACUACGCUUUCUGACGCUGCAGUACGCGAGUGACGAGCUACCUUCCACUCUACGAGCUCUACCUACAGAUCUUCUAAGUGUUAAAGGCACAGACGAGAGCGGUGAGCUCCUGGCUGAGAAACCCCAAGGGGAUGCCAAGCAGACAGAAGCGCUCUCGUGGACUCAGCAAUACGUGCUGAACACGGCAGCUAGAGAAGAGGAAAUGGCUCGACGAGAGGCCGAAGUGACGCCAGAAGCUCGCGAGCUGGAGGAGCUGGAAAAGCGCUACAGUGAGCUGGUAGCGGCGUUGAAUCGUCUGAAGGAACGUAAGAGCAAGAAGAAAAAUAAAAGCGGGGACAAGCAGAAGACCCGAGAACUGAACGAUCAGGUGCAAGAUACACGACAUGAAGAGGAUGGUGGCAUGUUCGGGCUGCUAGAGGAGGCCGAGACGACCGUUGUGAGGGCCGAGGAGAUUAAAAAGAGUGCAGCUAUUGACACAGCGGCGCUCAUUGCGGCACAGGCAGCAGCAGACCUCGAAGCGUCUAAAGGGAAGAAGGGGAAAGGAGGAAAGAACAAGAAAGGGCGCAACAUAUUAAAGGUCCAAGCAGCAGCAGCUCAGGCUGCUCAAGCGCAAGCUGCUGCGGCUGCCCCGUGGACUGGGAAGUCGCCGCGUGAUCAUCUGAAGCAGCACUGCCGCAAGAAUGGAUUCCAGAAGCCGCAGUACAAGAAGCUGCCUCGCGCUCCCGGUGGAGGACACUUGUACGCGGUUGUACUGAGUAGCAAAACUCGUGGGAAGCAGGAAGUCACAGUGAGAGAUCCCACAGACGCAGCGCAAGGGUUUGAGUCGAUUUCAGACGCCAAGGAUGCUGUCGCUACCAGUGCAUUGUUCGAGUUGGCACCAGAUCUACCGCUUUAUCGAGUAUUACCGCCAAUGUACCGUGAUAUGUGGCAGAAGUGGGUAAAGGAACAGCAAGACAAUGAGGCGGCGGCAGCAGCUGCUAAUCGCGAUGAACAAGACGAGCUGUUGACUGAGAUUUUCAAUACUCUUCCAGCCGAGAUAGCCGAGAAGCGAGCUACUACUGAAGAUACGCUGGAGGAUUGGAGUGUGGACGACUGGGAUGCCGAUCUGUCGGACGAAGAUACGACGGUAGAAGAAGAGAGCGAAAGCGACCGCAAAGCUGCGUUACAGUUGUCUCAACAGCUACGAGAGCAGCUACAGAAGCGAAUGCGCUCAAGUGCGUACCGAUCAAAGCUUCAGCAGCGCGAGUCUUUGCCAAUUGCGUCAUUCAAGACACAAGUCGUCGAGAUGUUAGCAGACCACGACGUUAUCCUGAUCUCCGGCGAGACUGGCUGUGGCAAGAGUACGCAGGUGCCGCAGUUUUUACUCGAAGAUUUGUUGCUUUCCGAGUCUGGCGGUGCACGUGGACAGAUCGUUUGUACGCAGCCUCGUCGACUCGCUGCUAUUAGUCUGGCUGAACGAGUCUCGGAAGAGCUGAUCCGCCUUGAGACGCGCAUGACACGACGUACGCGUCUACUCUUCUGUACGACUGGAAUUCUGCUUCGGAAGCUGCAAGAUCCAAGCACAUUAGGCCAAGAAGUGAGUCACGUGAUUGUGGAUGAAGUGCACGAACGCGAUCUCCAGAGCGACGUGUUGUUGGCCAUGCUGUGUCAAUUUCUCGCUGACGGUAACGCAGCUAGACGCAGGAAGUUUGGCGGUACUUUGCCGCCUCUAAAGGUGAUUCUUAUGAGCGCUACCCUGAACGCUGCGAGUUUCCAAAAGUACUUUGGUGGUGCCGCAGUGUGUCCCAUGAUUGAAGUCCCCGGUCGCACAUUCCCAGUGGAGCAAUUCUACCUCGAAGAUGUGCUUGAAAAGACCCAGUUUGUCGUCGACGAGGAAUCUUCCUCCUACAUUCCAGUAGAUGGAAGCAGCGCGGACAGGAAUUCGACUCAAGUUACGAUCUCUGGUCGCGGAGGCACUUCAUACUCCCAGCAGGUCUCGUGGACUUCUUCGAGCUCCUCUUCGAAGACGAAAGCAAGUGAGCACCAGCAAAUGUUAGCUGAGACGUACAGCGAGUCCACAUUGCUCGCGUUAGAACGCAUGGAUCCAUCUGUCGUCAAUUACGAACUCAUCCAAGCGCUACUGGAGCAUAUCACGACAGAGACGGAUCUACUUUCUCUAUCGACGAGCGACAAGAAAAGCGCCUCCGUUCUCGUGUUCCUGCCCGGUCUUCAAGAGAUCACGACGCUACUGGAUAUACUCGGAGGCAGUCGUCUGCUGCGUCACGAUCCUCACGGUCGAGAGUUUGAGUUUCUACCGCUACACUCGUCGCUGUCGGCACAGGAACAGCAGCGUAUUUUCCGACAAUGUCCCGGUGUUAUUCGUGUAAUCGCAGCGACUAAUAUCGCCGAGACGUCGCUAACUAUUGAUGACGUUAAGGUUGUGAUUGAUACUGGACGCGUCAAGCAGAUGAGUCACGAUGCCCAGCGUCGCACGAAUGUGCUGGACGAGAUCUGGGUCGCACGUGCCAACGCCAAGCAGCGAGCUGGACGUGCUGGGCGUACGAGUGGAGGCUCGUGUUUCCGUCUCUUCCCGCAGUCUGUCUUCCGCUCCGUUAUGCUUGAACAGCCUGUGCCUGAGAUCCGUCGCGCCCCGUUAACGUCUUUGUGCUUGCAGAUCAAGACAUUCGGUGCCGGUGGAGAAGAGAAAGACGGCUGUGGAGAGUUCUUACGGGCGUGUUUGGAUCCUCCUGACGACGCUAGUAUCCAGGAUGCACUAGAAGAGUUGUUCGAGAUUGGCGCUUUGAGUCGACAAGACGAAGCGCUGACGAAACUGGGUGCGCAUUUGGCUCGACUGCCUGUGGACGUGAAGGUCGGCAAGUUGCUCUUGUUGGGCGCGCUGUUUGGUGUGUUUGACGCUGCGAGUACUUGUGCGGCCGUGCUGGAAACCAAGUCGCCGUUUGUGGCUCCUUUUGGUCGUCAGAGUGAAAUGAAACAAGCUCGACAGACUUUCGCGGUUGCUGCGAGUGAUUUACUCACCGACGUGAACGCUUUCGAGGCCUGGCGUUAUGUUGUACAGCACGGCAAGAGCUCAGGAGUUAGCGAGAAGAGUUUCUGUCAGAGCAACUUCUUGAGUCAUCGAGGACUACGUGAAGUAAGCAAACUCAAGCGUCAGUUCCGAGGUCUUGUGGCUCAACUGGGCUUCUUGCCGUCGUCGGAGAAGGAACAAGACGAGCGUAUGAGUGUCCAGCAGUUGGCGACGAUAUCUGCGAUCCUGUAUGCUGGUUUGGCUCCGAACUUGGUACAUGCCGAGCCCCCGAUGGCGUAUGGCCCUAAGCGCGCAGUACUUCGCGAACGUAACCACGGGAUUGUCGUGAUGCAUCCGGGUUCCAUCAACUACAAAGUGGCGACGUUCCGAGCGAGUAACUUCCUCACGUACGCAGUGAAGCUACACACGUCGCAGGUGUAUCUUCCAGCCUCCAGUCUUGUGUUACCUUUGGCUGUGUGUCUAUUCAGCUAUGCACUGGAGCCAUUGCCACAGCUGCGACGUAAGGACAAAGACGGCAACGAGACAAUUGGGCUGCGAGUGAACGACUGGGUGGUUUUCCAGAGCUCCUUCCGCUCUGCUGCACUGCUACUGGAAGUGCGCAAUGCGAUUGUCGAAGCGAUCGAUGCCAGUCUUGAAACGCCUCCGUACACUCGUGGGAAAGCUGAGUCUGACACACAGAAGAGCGAGCGCGUGGAACUUGUGGCUGUGUUGCGCGCGCUCUUCCUGGCGGAAUUUGAAGAGCGCGAUCCCAAUAAACUGCUCUCAGGGCAACUCUGCGCUGGCAAGAAACGUGGCUAG